AUGAUUCACAAGAAAAGAUUUUUGACGGCUGUUCGGGAUUUUCCAGCGGGUUGUGGUGUUUUUCCAGGACAGAUAUCCAAUGCUCUGAUGCAAUGCAAGUUUAAGGUGUUAAAGAUCAUCAAGAGAAGAGAACUGGUGAAGGAUUACUCAAAUGAUGUUGUUAAAGACGAACCAGUUCUUGAAUCAUCUAAUGAAGGUGUCAGAGAUCAUCUAGAGAAGGAAAAUCUUGAAUGCUCAACAACUGUGAGAAAGACGAGCAGUGAAAAGAAGAGAAGAUUGUGUUUACAUAAGUCAACCAUGGAAGGUGAGUCAGAUGUCGUGAAUACCUUAAAGAGAGUUAUUGUUUCGGGACUCGCUGCUAAUAUGUGGAAACAGAGGAACCACGUUUCAAGACAGAUGAAAGACUGA